CAUAUCGCCAUUGCCAUAUCUCUGUAUCACCACUCGCAUAUCUGCCUUCUCCUCCAACGCCAAGUUUCCGCGGUUUUCUUGGGAUUUUGUUUAGAAUGGGUAGAGAAAGAUUGCAAUGAGGGCAUGGAGGUUGUUUGUAUGUUAUGAUAAUUGAGGGAAAGGGAAGUAAGUACAUGGAAUCCAAGAGGAAUUGGUUGCAGAAGCUUCAGCCCCGCGAUAAUUCAAGAACAUCAAAUCAGGAGAGUGAUUCAAUGGGUGGUGGAAAUGAAGAUUCUAAGCAGUUAUCCAAUGAAGAAGCCUCCAAUGUUACCAAGCAGAAGGUAGCUGCAGCAAAGCAGUACAUAGAGAAUCAUUACAAGGAGAAGAUGAGAAUUUUGCAGGAGAGAAGGGAGCGUCGAAGCUUACUUGAAAAGAAACUUGCCGACGCUGAUGUUUCAGAAGAAGAUCAAAAUAAUCUGCUAAAAUAUUUGGAGAAGAAGGAAACAGAAUUUAUGAGGUUGAGGAGGCACAAAAUGGGAGCUGAUGAUUUUGAGUUACUAACAAUGAUUGGAAAGGGUGCAUUUGGGGAGGUAAGAAUUUGUAGGGAAAAGACAACCGGUCAUGUGUAUGCAAUGAAGAAGCUUAAGAAAUCAGAAAUGCUUCGCAGAGGACAGGUUGAACAUGUGAAGGCUGAGAGGAAUCUGCUAGCAGAGGUGGAUAGCAAUUGUAUUGUCAAACUGUAUUGUUCUUUUCAAGAUGAAGAGUACCUAUACCUCAUCAUGGAAUAUCUGCCUGGUGGAGAUAUGAUGACAUUGCUGAUGAGAAAGGAUAUUUUAACAGACGAUGAGGCGAGAUUUUAUGUUGCAGAGACUGUUUUGGCUAUUGAAUCUAUCCAUAAGCAUAACUAUAUACAUAGAGAUAUCAAGCCUGAUAACCUGCUACUGGAUAGAUAUGGUCAUUUAAGACUCUCAGAUUUUGGACUAUGUAAACCUUUAGACUGCAGUACCCUACAAGAGAAGGACUUCACGGCAGAUAAUACCGGUGAAGCUUCAAAGUCUGACGAUCAUGCUCAAGCUCCAAAACGCACUCAGCAAGAGCAACUACAACAUUGGCAAAAAAAUCGGAGGACACUUGCUUAUUCCACUGUGGGUACACCAGACUAUAUCGCGCCAGAGGUUUUGUUGAAGAAAGGCUACGGGAUGGAAUGUGACUGGUGGUCACUUGGUGCUAUAAUGUAUGAAAUGCUUGUGGGUUAUCCACCUUUUUACUCUGAUGAUCCCAUGUCAACAUGUAGGAAGAUUGUAAACUGGAGAGCACAUCUCAAGUUUCCUGAAGAAGCAAAGUUGUCUCCUGAAGCCAAAGACAUUAUCAGCAGACUACUUUGUGAUGUGACCAAGAGGCUUGGAUCAAAUGGUGCAACUGAAAUAAAGGCCCAUCCUUGGUUCAAUGGAGUUGAUUGGGACAGAAUAUAUCAUAUGGAAGCUGCUUUCAUACCUGAAGUCAAUGAUGAGUUGGACACUCAAAACUUUGAAAAGUUUGAGGAGUCAGAAAGCCACACUCAUACUUCAUCAAAAUCUGGGCAAUGGAGAAAGAUGCUAUCAUCCAAAGAUGUCAACUUCGUCGGCUACACCUACAAAAAUUUCGAGAUUGUGAAUGAUUACCAAGUCCCUGGCAUGGCUGAACUCAAGAAAACUUCCAACAAGCCCAAGAGGCCAACCAUCAAGUCACUCUUUGAUGGUGAGACAGAAACAUCAGACUCUCAGCACUCUGAAGCUAGCUACAAGACUGUGCCGUCUUCUCGAACUGAAGUUUCAGAUGACCCAUAAUUCUCCAAUCUGCAGAUCUUCCCUGCA